GUCAACAUCUCCAUUUCUCAUUGGUGAAAGGGCUAACCAGUUUUAAACAAAGCCUUCCCUGGUUCGAUAACUCCUCAGGUGUUCCAUCUUCCUAGGAAUGAAAUGUAAGGUAGGCUAGUAGCCAAGAGGAUGUGAAGACUGGAAUAAUGUCUGGCAGGUGAUGAUCUACUUCUGAUAUCCGCAAGGACUUGCAAGGACGUCUGCUAUGUCUUUAAGGUACUUUUUAAAAAUGCCCUACAUGGAAAAGACUUCAAGAAGAACCGAUAAGGCCCCCACAAUUUCAAAGGGCAAUGACAAGGAACUGCAUGCUCUCAGGAGGCUCCUCUCCAUGCUCAACACUCCCAUAUGCAAAACACAGAAUCACUCUAAAGGGGGCAAAACGGAGUCCCAUCUCCACCAUAGGCCUACGGGUGACAGAGGUGGUAAGAGUAUAAAAUGCGCAAGGACCGAGGACACUGAACUUGAGAGUUUCAGUCUGACCUACAGAGACCAGAGACAUUUUAGCCGUCAUCCCCAUGACAAGAUCUUUCAAUGUAUCCUCACUGCUUUGAUCAGAAACAGGCUCAACUGCAGAGAAUGGCUUGACCAUACCCACCCUGACAACAUUCUGAGAGUCCUCAUUUGUUUGCGUUUGUUAAUCAGAGAACCACAUUAUCAGAGAGUUUUCCAUGAGCUCCAAGGAUCUUGGCACCUUUCAAGGUAUAUGGACUCAGUAUCAGACUGUUAUUUGGAUGCUGGAGAACAAACAUUGGGUGUAGAACAUCUAGUCACUAUGACAUAUGUAUUUCAGAAAAUCGCUGCAAAGGAAGACCAGAGAAAGUGGGUUAUUGAAUGUGGUGCACACAAGAUUCUUGUGAAGCUCCUGACGACUAAAGACAGUAGUGUCUUACUAGGAGCUCUCCUUGCCCUGACCUCCCUGGCUGAAAGUGUGGAGUGCAAGGAGAAGAUAGGAGAGCUAUGCAUCGUUGAAAAUCUGCUUGUCAUCUUACAAGAAUACGACCUGUUGUCCAAAAGGACGUGUGCAGAGCUGCUGAGGCUGCUGUGUCCUGUGCGGCGGGUGCGGGAGCAGCUGAAGGCCUGCGAGGGCGUGCCCGUCCUGCUCAGCCUGCUCCACGCUGACCACCUCGAGCUGCUCUGGAGCGUGGCCUGGGUCCUGGUCCAGCUCUGCCAGGACCCCGAUGCUAACGCCGAGAUCCGUGCCUGGGGUGGCGUGCAGCAGCUACUGCGCAUACUCCAUGUUGAGCGGGCGUAUGUGUCGGACCGUGCCUCCAUCGAGACCCUGUCCAGUGCCAACGCUGCUCGUCGUAUCCAGAGGCAGCACCUCUCUGAGGAGCUCAGUCCACAGGAAACUGCUGAAAACAUCAUGGCACUGCAGGCAGCCUGCUGUGCUGCAGUAACUGAGCUGGUCUUGGAUGAUGCGACAGCUCAUCAUAUUGUUCAGGAAAACGGAAUCUACAUAAUAGCAAAGCUGAUUCUGCCACAGGCUGGACCCAAGGGCCCAUCGCUACAGUGUUAUGCAUUUAGGACACUUCGCUUCUUGUUCAGCAUAGAGCGAAACAGACACCUGUUUAAGAAACUGUUUCCAUCAGACCUCUUUGAGAUGUUCAUUGAUGUUGGACAUUACAUUAGAGACAUUGCUGCCUAUGAGCCACUGCAGGAAAAAGUUUCUGUUUUCAGUAGCAAAGAACUAAACGAAUUGAAGGAAAGCAUUGAGAUAGUGAACCAGAACCGACCUCCUCUCAAAGUGAUCAAUGGCUAUGCCAUUCUGGACCAUCUGGGUAGCGGGGCCUUUGGAAGUGUUUUCAAGGUCCGGAAACAGAAUGGACAGAACCUUCUGGCCCUGAAGGAAGUGAACCUUCACAACCCAGCGUUUGGCAAAGACAAGAAGGCCCGAGACAGCAGUGUGGAGAAAAUAGUCUCGGAGCUGACCAUCGUUAAGGAGCAGAUGAACCAUCCAAACAUUGUGAAGUACAUUAAGACAUUUUUAGAAGGUGACAGGAUGUAUAUUGUGAUGGAGCUCAUAGAGGGACUUCCUCUCUCGGACCAUUUCACCUCACUCAAAGAGAAGCAGCAGCAGUUCACUGAAGACAGAGUGUGGAACGUUUUCAUACAGUUAUGCCUGGCACUGAGAUAUUUGCACAAGGAGAAGAGGAUUGUCCAUAGAGACCUCUCCCCUAAUAACAUCAUGCUUGGAGAGAAAGACAAAGUCACUAUCACUGACUUUGGACUCGCAAAGCAGAAACAAGAGAACAGCAAGCUGAUGUCAGUUGUGGGCACCAUACUGUACUCCUGCCCCGAGAUAGUGAAGAGUGAGCCCUACGGAGAGAAGGCGGAUGUGUGGGCCGUGGGCUGCAUCCUGUACCACAUGGUCACCCUCCAGCCACCCUUCUACAGCACCAACAUGCUCUCCCUCGCCACCAAGAUUGUGGAAGCAGUCUAUGAACCUAUAGAGGAGGGUGUCUUUUCAGAGCGAGUCAAAGACCUGAUCAAAUGGUGCCUGACUCCGGACCCAGACAGCCGGCCGAACAUCGUUGAGGUCAGUGCCAGGAUCUCCGAUGUGCUGAUGAAGUUCAUGGAUAAUCUGUGUGCCAGCCAUCAGGCCCUUGAGCGCAGAUCUGAGCGGGACAGGAAGCGGGCGCAGAAGUACUUCCUGGAAAGCAACCAAGCCAGGCUUGGACACUGGAUGGCACCAAUCUCUCAGGGAAAAAUCAUCAAGGAGAAUGAAGAAGCCUGUUCAGAGGCCGGAUCUGUGAGCAUUCAGCAUUCUUCUCAAUGCAGUUCUCAAGCUGAAGGGGACAGUCAGCCUUCAUCUGAGUACAGUUCACAAGCUGAAGUGAAGCAAGAGCACCAGGCUAAUAGUUUUGAGAAACACUCCAGAACAGCCUCCAGCUCUGCCACAGAACUGCGUAAGAAAAGCUUCAGACCCACCGAGUGCAGUGUCAGCCUUUCUCUGUCAGAGCGCACUCCAGCCUGCAGGGAUUUUCUACCACAGCCAAAGUCCCGUCCAGCCACAGCAGGAAUUUUUGUAUCUCAGAGGAAACUUCGGCAAAUAGAGGACCCCGUUCAAAGACUGGUUGGACUACUGCAUAAAAUUAUUUAUAUUUGUCAGCUUCCUCCAGCCCAACACUACAACCACAGGAGACGGACUAUAGAGAGGUUCAAAAAAUCUUUAUUCCAUCAAGGAAGCAAUCCAUAUAGCCUUAAAGUGGAAUUAAACAAGGUUCUUCAGGGAAGCUCAGACUUGGUUGAGUCGGUGUCUUCCUGCAGAGAUUGGUGGUCUCAGGUCCAGUCUUUUGGGAGGGAACCUUUCAGCACUGAACCACGAGGUGAGAGUGGCUACGCAGGUCUGCAGGAUGGUAUUACAUAUGAACAGUUGCAAACUCUGAUAGAGGAUGAGCUUGAGGAAAAUGGCUACCACAGCAGAACAGCAUCCAGGAGUGAUCAGGAGGCAAUGCGUGGAAACCAGAGACCCUAUUCCCCAAGCACUCUUGUAUCCUCUGAGGCCUGUGACAACAAGGCUACAUAGUGGUGCAAGCAGAUCCGUGAGCUUAACUGGAGGCCAGUCUGAAUGGCCUUACUCUAUGCACCUGUAUAGUGUUUGUAAAUGAAUGACCAUGCACAUGAUAUUGACAGCAUAGUAUCAACAUUUUGUUGGACAGGGAGCUUUAGAUGUGGUAUUAUUACACAGACAUGCAAUCAUUAGGUAUAUACUGUAUGCCAUUUGAUGUUUAACUCCGCUUCUGCAGAAAAAUGCUGUUUAGUUGAAUUACGUGCAAUUUGGUCUCACUUCCUGAUGAAUGAGAAGUUAUUUCUAUUUUUGUGUUGCCUUUAAAAAUACCACAGCAACAUUAAGCUAUCUCAAUUACAAUCCUGUUAUGUAAGAUGGCUGUAUCUGUGCAUUCUAGGACUGUUGGUAUGGCACAGCCUAUAUUUAGCAGAUUAAGCGGUAAAGUAGAGCAGGGAGGGUGACCUUUGCCCCGUGAAUGAGUGUAGUCUUUAAGUUUAUUGCAGUUGACUUGCACUUCCUGCUGUAGCAUAUGCUAUUGUUCUGCUCUUCCACUUGUAACAGUCCUUCAAAAUUGUCAUGGACAUACUUAACUGUUUACAUAUUUACUGUUACUGUUUGUUGCCUUCAUAGAUCUAUGACUUUUGUACAAGGUUUUUAAUCUCAGGGUUACUGAUGCACUUUUUCUGUAAAUGAUAAUCAUUCUGUCAGAUGGUUUUGGAAUGUAUCAUAAAAAGCACUUUGCAUGAAUUUAUUGCAUCUUAUUAAAAUUCAACAUAAUCCAGUUAUUUUCUCUAUGACUCCUUAAGAGUUAACAGCUCCACCUUGUGGGCAAAGAUGCACAGUACCACUAGGGAACUGGCUCCUUGGCCCCACAUUUUUGAGAU